AUGAUUACACCGGAGGCAGAACUGGAGACCAAUUGGACCAGUCUGGCUCGCGCCAUGAGCUCCCUUCUGGCGGGUGUCCAAUGUUGGACCACAAAGCAUGUCGUGGGUAUGUGUGGUGUAGGGAAUUCCGCAGACUCAGCUGCAUGUCCUUGCUGCGGCGACUUUGAGGACCACCUUCACGUUCCUCGAUGUACGGCGCCCUUGGCUAGUGCGGAAUGGGAUUGCCGGACGGCGUCAUUGGGCCAAUGGCUGGACACUCAAGUCACUGAUCCAGCCAUCAAACACACUCUUCUCUACCUUCUUCAAGGGGUUCGUGAUCCGUCCCUACCUCGCAGUCAAUUGGUUCCGGUUCGUCUUUGCCAAGCUUUCCUCUCUCAACAACGCAUUGGCUACCAAGGUUUAUUGGAAGGCCGGCUGUCUGUUCAGUGGACGCCCCUGCAGGAACAGUACCUUCAGUCAAGAGGGAGCCAACGCUCUCCGACCCUGUGGGUCUCUCGCCUGUUGCAUCAGCUGAUCUUGCUUGGAUUUCAUAUGUGGGAACACCGGAACUCGGUGCAACAUUCGGAGGACAACGUACAGCUACGCGAACGUAGCCGAUUGGUGAACGACGGUAUACACUCUCAGUUUGAUAAGGGCCCAACCGACCUCCCUAAGGUAGUUCGACGCAUGCUCGCUGUGAAACGCCAAACUGCGUUGAUCAAGCCGUUGGUCAAUAGGGAAGAGUGGCUGAAGCUGGUCGCCGCGCUCUGGCGCCUCAACGCCGUAUUGUUCACCGCUUCUUCUUCUUCUUCUUCUUCUUAUUAUUAUUAUUAG